AUGGAGUGGGCGCGCAAUGGCAUGGAGUGGGCGCGCAAUGGCAUGGAGUGGGCGCGCAAUGGCAUGGAGUGGGCGCGCAAUGGCAUGGAAUGGGCGCGCAAUGGCAUGGAGUGGGCGCGCAAUGGCAUGGAGUGGGCGCGCAAUGGCAUGGAGUGGGCGCGCAAUGGCAUGGAGUGGGCGCGCAAUGGCAUGGAGUGGGCGCGCAAUGGCAUGGAGUGGGCGCGCAAUGGCAUGGAGUGGGCGCGCAAUGACGCUAUGGCCGUUGCUGGCGCGCACGAGAGACAGCAAGGAGCAGCACACCUGAAGUGA